AUGUCGUCGCCGGUCAUUAUGGCUCAACGCUUGCAGCAGCAGCAUCUUCAGCGGCAGCGACAGCAGCAGCAGCAGCAGCAACAACAACAGGCUGGUACGAAGCGACCGAGGAGCGAGCAGCAGGCGCAGACAGCCAACGGCGGGCAGGCCAAGGCUCCCACGGAAUCCGCGGCUCGAGGAGGGAAGGGGGCGGGGAGUGGGCAUGCGUUCGCGGCCAAGGAAGGAACAGGAGGCGGUAGCAGUGCCAGCAGCGACUUCUUCAGGGCUAGGUACAAGCGCCAGAACGUGGGCAGGGGGGUGGGAGCGCUAGCGCCAGGUUGGGCCGCUGCCCUCGAAGGGUCUCAAGAAGGCAGCGGGGGCGGAGCGAGGGCGAGGGAGGUGCUGACGCCCGCGGAGAACAGCCUGCUGAAGACGCUCGGGGAUGCCGUGGCGGGGGGCGAGGGAGCGGGCGCCAGGGGGGGGGUUGCCGGCGCGGCGGGGUUAGAUCGCCUGAUGCGGGUCAUGAUUAACGCGCCCGAUCGAGAAGCCCGAGCGCUGUGCUUGGAGCUCCUGCUGCGCAGCAAGGGCGACGAGGAGGUGAUGAAGGCGUUCGUGGAGAGGAGGGGGCUUAUGUUCAUCAAGGGGUGGCUGGCGGAGGAGACAAAGUCCAUCAACAUGAUGAAGCUUCUGCUCACUGUGGCGAAGGUUCUGCCUGUCACCUACUCAAGCCUAAUGCAGUCCGACGCGGGGAAGGCAUUGAAAGCACUCAACAAGCACGCCGACUCCGACAUACGGAAGCAGGCGAAGGCAGUCAUCUCCCACUGGAGGACGGCUUUGGUGAGCGACAAGGGCGAGAUCGCCAAGCAUCGGAAGCAGCUCGAUGAUCUGCACGAUAAGCUGAAAGCGAAGCAGGAUGCCGAGAAGAAGGCCAAGGCGGAGUUGGCGGACGCCGAGAAGCGGCGGCGAGACCUGGCCCGGGCGCAGAGCAGGCCCCCUAACGGCGUCGGAGGCUCCCCAAUCACGGCACCUCCCCCCACGGUCCUUUACACGCGCGCCUCCUCUUCGAACUCCAUGGAUUCCGACGCAGCAGGGGGGGGUAGUAGUAGUAAUAGCACUCCAGCAGCGAAGGGGGUCUCCGCGGCGUCGAAGCCGGGCAGGGACCCCCCAGCCGCCGCUGCUGACAGCAGCGGCGCACCAGGGACCGGGAGCAAGUCGAAGAGCGCGGCGGCGGCGGCGGCUGGCGUUGGGUCUCCCGCAGGUGCCGGUGCUUCCGAGACAGGUGCCGCUGCCGGGGCCGCGGCGGGCGGGGCCGCAAGGUACUUUGUCGGCAGGAAGUUGGCCGGCAGGGGGCCUGGUGGCAGAGUAAGGCGGCCUACGGUGGCGUUCAGCGGCACGCCCGCGGGGCAAGGGACGGGCAAGGGCGACAGGGGUGGAGCUCCUGCUGCUGGGCCUGGAGGGGCGGGUUCAGCGGGACGAGGAGACGCCGCCGGCGGUAGCGGCGGAAUCUUGAAGGUCACCGCUGUAUCGACGGCGGCGACAGCGGGAGGCCAAGACGGAACCGCAGCCGGCGGAGCCGCCGCCACCGAUGGUGCAGGAGCGAGCGCGGCGGCAGUAGGGGGGGCGGAGGGUGAGUCGGUGGGGGCGGAGGGAUCGUCGUUGUCGGGGGCUACGGCGGCGUCGGCACCGGCCGCUUCGAGGUCAGCGGGCAUCGGCUCGGGACCGCCGCCGAUCGUGUCUUUGGACGAGAUGGCACGGGCGGAGUCGGAGGAAAAGAAGCGGCUUCGGAAGGCCAAGCCCGCCGGGAAGAAGGUCGGGUGGGCGGACCGGGCGGGACGAACUCUCCAGGUGGUAAAGGAAUUCCACUCGGAGGACGCGGCCACCGCUGUCUCGGAGACGCCGCAGGAGUCCGACUCGGUCGUGGCGGCCACCAUGGCAAGCCACCACGCCGGACACAGGCACUGGGCGGAGCGCGUGAAGCGCGAGCGGGAGAUGGAGCGCAAGUUCCACGGGAAGAGCGGCGGCCGCAGCAAGGGCAAGUCGGACCACGGCAGGGCUAGCGCUGGGGACGAGGAGGAAGAGGAAGCGGGGGAGGUAGCGGACGCGGAAGCAUCGACGGCGGCGGCAGCGGCGGCGGGCAGGAAGAAGAGGAAGCCGAUGGUCACCGCCGUACCGUGGAGAAGGCCGGGCCCGUACGAGAAGGGCGUGGUGCACGAGGACGUGCUGCAGCUGGAGGUAGAGUCGAGCGAGGCCGAGAGCCAGGGGGCGAGAACCAGGGCCGGGCUGGAGCAGGUGUACCUGUCGAGCGGGGACAUCCCGUCCACGCCGGCGGAGCCGGACGCCGCUUCGUUCCUUCCAGUCGACGAAGUUCAAAUGUACAAGAUCCCGUUCUACAUGGAGUCCGAGCUGGAGCAGAUGCAGGCGGAAGCACUGAAGGAGCAACAACAGCAGCAGGCACCAGCCAACCAGCCUGGGCCGGUCAAGGUGACUCUCCAGCAAGUGAGGGCGCUCGACGACGCGCUCGCGAGCGUCGACCCCCACGCCGCGACGGCCCUGCGGAGCCGUUUUGCCUCGGAGCCCCGGCUCCUCUCGGCGCUGCUUGCCCCCGAGGGGCGGGUCAACAACGCGCUGCUCCGGUCGAUGUCGCAGCAGGCCCUCAGCACCCCGUCCAACGUCCACCUCACGCUGCCCGCCGGAGUGCCGACGCUUCAGGCAUCGCCGUCGUACGCUCCUGGUCCCCCGCAGCAGCUUCCCCCGCCGCCGCCGCCGCCCCGCCCGGUCCAACAGCAGCCUCCCUCGUCGUACGCGGUGCCGGUGGUCGACACCACCGGCGCACCGCAGCAGCAGCAGCAGCUGCCACCGGCGGGGACGGUGGCAGCGGCGGCGGCGGCGGGCGCGCCGCCGCCCCAGCAGUACGCGCCGGGGGUGGCCACCGCGGGGGCAACUGCCGCCGCCGCCGCCGCCGCUCCCGUCGUCUUGGGGGGGCUGCCGCCCCCCCCGCCCGCGUACCUAGCGGCGCAGGCGGUGGCGCCGUUGAUGGCCACCAGCAACCCCCUCGCGCCGCCCCCUCAGCAAGCCGGGUACUACGCUGUUGCCGGCGCUCCGGCGGCGAGCGGGUCUACUGCGCCUCAGCAGCAGGGCCUCGGCUUCCCGCCGCCGCCGCCCCCGCCGCCCCCGCCGCCCCAAGCGGUGGCUUACCCAGGGCAGACCCUCGUUCCGGUCCCCGCGGGGGGGGCCAUGCAGGCGGCGGGGGGAGGGGCGCCGCACGAGGGACGAUGCCUGGGACCAGAGCGGGAGGGGAGGGCGGUGGGAGAGGGACGGCGGGAGAGGGGGCAGAGGGGGCAGGGGCGGCAGGGGCGGGNGGGUGAUAGGGUGGGGCGCGGAGGCAGGGGAGCCGGGGAGGGGAGCCUCAAGUACGACGGGAAGGGCCGGGUGAAGUCGGACUACUGUCGCUACUACAAUGCCAAGACGCAGAUCUGCUCGAACGACCCGUGUCGGUUCAUCCACGACAUCAACCACGUGCCGGAGGACACGAGGGGCACCCGCCCGGGCGGCAGACCGUACUCGUCUUUCGACCGAGAUAGCAGAGACCACCACCGUGACAGGGGAGGGGAUCACCGGGGGGAUCGCGACAGGCGGUCUGACCGUCGAGACAGGGACAGAGACAGGGACCGGGACAGGGACCGAGAUUCGGACCGGGGGGAGCGGGGCAGCAGCGGCAGCAGCAGGCGAGGCGGCGAGCGGGAGGGUAGGGACGCGGGGGACAAGGGUGAUGGGGGUGGGGGGAAGGGCGACGGCAGAGAGAGGCCCGCCUCCUCCUCAAAAGAGGGCGGCGGGGGUGACGACAAGAAGCGCCCGCGGUAUCGAUGAUGAGAUGACGAACAUGACAACAAAAAACGAAAGUUUCUCAUGAAAGUAGAAGAUGGAACUUUUCGGUCACGAAAGACAGGCGCGUUUGUUGGCUUCUCGCGCUGGCAGUUUCGUUCGUUUUCUUGGUGUUCCCGCUCUCCUUGUCGUAUUUCGACCCGCUCGGCCCCCGUGGUGAUGGCGGUGGUCGGUUCGUUGUCAGAAGGGGUGGGUGGGGGUCAGGCGAGGGCGACUGCUGUAGCCGCUGGUGCUGUAUGUGAGAGGAUGAUAGUUAUAACCCUUGCCGUGUGGCACUGGCGAUGCCCUCUGCGACCAAGGCCCGACACCCAGACCAGACCGUUGCCGCUCGAGUGUGUUGCUGGCGAUGAGGUCAGGGGGGAUAGACCUUGCGGCCAUCAUUCCCCGCACCUUGUAGACGGCUCUGCUUUGUUGUCUUUUUGUCUCCAGCGCUGACCGCAUUGCCAAAAAAGACGACAACAAAGACAUCAACAGUUGAGUGGACGCAGCGCCGCGAUGUUGUCGAGCACACAGCAAGCGUGCUUUGUUUUUGGAAGCAUCGUCGGGGGGUAACGCAGGGAACUUCUGAUCCCCCCCCUCCGGCACCUGAAUGAAAGGGCACUGCUGCUGUGAUGAUGCUGACCUACACGCAGAUCAUGGCGAGGGAUCAUUGGAACGCGUUUCUUUCAACAUUGAUCUCACACCAUCGAGGCAGGUCUGAAAACAAGCACCAUUUUGCACACACAUGCACAAGGAGGCGUACUUUGCGCUGUUCGUUUCAUUUGUGUUUUUGUUACUUUUUUUGCCGAACGGCGGGCUGCCGGUCGACGGGCCAUGAAUCAUGGAACUCCCCCCCAAUGUGUCGCAUCUACUGAUGAUACGACGGAUGACGUGGGGAGCGCAAGGUUUUGUGCCCAUGUACUUCCAUAUGAUGCGAACGUAGAUGGUCAUGUUAGGUGGUGUUGCUUCUGCUGAUACUGCUGCUUCUUCUCCGAUGCAGCAUGCACAUGCAUGUGUAUCCACGUGAGAAAGGUAUCAGCGGGCGUGCGGUCCUAAAUAUGUUUUGUUCAGUCGGCUGGAACGAAGAGCACCCUUUCGAUGCGACCCAAAGCCGAAGAGAACAAGCACGUACACGGUCCAUGUUCUCUGGAAUUGCCCUCUCGGCCUUGUCCUGUGUCAGUUGUUUUUACACCAACAUGGGACUUCGCCGCAAGCGGCUCUUCUUCCAGCCCGGUGCGGGGUAGAGUACACUACCAGGGAAGGGGGGAGGGGUGGCGGUGUUGAUGAUGUAUUGCUAUGCAUAUGAGAGCGACGCGACUCGGCGUGUAUGUCUUCGCGAAAGGCGUUGCAUGUGUAUGAACGACAAAUGAUGAAGUUUGGCGGCUGGUUUGGUUGCCGACGGAAGUCGGCUUUUCCCUACGGUUCGUUCGCCACAGAAAACACACGCCGACGAGAAUUGGUUGCCUUGUCAUGUUGGAAUUGGACUUUAUUGCGCGGGGGGUGAGGGGGGGUGGGGGUCGCGGACGGGGAACAAGUAGACGAGAAUGUUGGUGAUAGUCUAUGAGUUAUGUGCACAAUGCCGGGUCGGUUGGUUCAACUGGAAGCACACAUUGAACUGGUUUCAUCCUGCACGACGAUGAUGAUGAUAUAUGUUGCAUUCAGCGGGCUCGAAGGACUGCCGAAGAUAACUUCUGUGUUCGAGGUAGGAUUGCUCGUCGGUUAGGUAGCCUGUGUCUUGUCCGCCUUUAUUUACCCAGAUAGUAAAUGGCGUUUUUUUUUGUCGCGAGGGGCACCAGAAGAUCUGGGGCGUUGGAUGGGGGGGAUCGUGUGGGUUGUUUGCUGUUCGUGCCAAAGCUGUGUAUAUUCUACUUGUUUGUCGGAUGGGCCGUACGUACGUACGUACGUACGUACGGCUAUCUUUCUUUGCUUUUGUCCUUGCCAGAUGUCGGGCGGAGAGGGGUGGAUGGCGAGCUAUUGUACACUGAUGAUGAUGGCUGUCGUCUCAAGCAAGAUCCGUGACCCUCACAUCCAUCCCCAUGAACGGUGAUGAUGACGAUACCAACAUUGCUCGUUGACCGUAUCAAGACAGAGGGGUGGUACGUCGCCUAUGGACAAGGAGGCGUGCCGAUUAUCAUCAUGUCGUGGUGGCAGUCAGCGGUGCCGCAAGCAUCUGUUCGCGGUGUGGCAAACUGGCAUUGCCGGGUUGGGUUCUGUCGGGAUGCAUGUUAUACUGAUUGGUUUUUGGGUCGCAAGGAAAUUGUCCUGCAGAGGGUCCACGUUGCGUUG